AUGGAUUCUGAACAAAUAGAUGAUAAUAAUCUCGAUAAACAAUAUUUUGAAUCAUACGAUAAAUUUCAAGUUCACGAAUUGAUGUUACGUGAUCGUCCACGUGUUACUGCAUAUUAUGAUGCUAUUAUGAGUAAUAAACAUUUAUUUGAAAAUAAGGUCAUUCUUGAUGUUGGUUCUGGUACAGGAAUAUUAAGUAUGUUUGCUGCUAAAGCUGGUGCUAAACUUGUUUAUGCUGUUGAUGCUUGUCCAACAAUAUGUGAUUUAGCUAUAGAAUUAAUUAAAUGUAAUCAUUUACAAGAUAAAAUUCAAGUAAUUAAUAAACCUAUUGAAGAUAUUGACAAAUUCGAUGAAAAUAUCGAUAUUAUUAUUAGUGAAUGGAUGGGUUUUUAUCUCUUUCAUGAAAGUAUGCUUGAAUCAGUUAUUUAUGCUCGUGAUCAUUUUCUUAAUUUAUCAUCUGGUAAUGAUGAUAUUACAUCUGAUCAAAAUGAAUCAAUUAUUAUUUUUCCUUCACAUGCUUAUUUGUAUUGUGCUCCAUUUGUUGAUCAAAAUAUACGUAUUGAAUUAAAUACAAUGUGGAAAGAUUAUUUUGAUCUUAAUAUGUUAUCAAUUCUUCCAUAUAUAAAAAAUUCUAAUCUUAAAGAAUGUAUUAUUGAAACAAUUGAACCAUCACAACUUGUUCAUGAUGCUCAAUUAAUACAAUCUAUUGAUCUUCGUACAAUACGAAUAGAUGAUCUUUAUAUAAUGCGUUCAUUUUGUGAAUUUGAUAUAGAUAAUACAUGUAUUAUAUCAGGUUUUUGUUUUUGGUUUGAUUGUUAUUUUUCUUCAAAUAAUAAUUCAUCAAUAUUACGUUCAACACGUUUAACAACAAGUCCAUAUUCAAUAAAAACUCAUUGGAAACAAACACUUGUAUUUUUAACAGAAGAUAUUUAUCCAUUAAAAGGUGAUACUGUACCAGUGAAUAUUAAAUUUAAAAAAUCUUUAAAAAAUCGACGACAAUAUCAAUUAUCAAUAGUUAUUAAAAAAAUUAAAGAAGGAUUUAUGAAUAAUAAUAUUAUUGAUAAUGAAAAUUUAAAUAAUGAUUUAAAUAUACGCAAAAGACAAAGACGACGUUCAUCAACUAUUUCAUCAGAUAAACGAAAUAUUAAUGAUAAUAAAUCAAUGCAUAAAUCAAGUGAUAGUUCAAGUAGUAAUACGGAUGAUGAUAUUGAUUCUAAUGAACAUCCUAUUCCAUGCUCAUGUGUUCGUGAUAGAUGCAAAUUAAUCAAAACAAUUUUGGAAAAAUAUAAUGAGGAAAAUACUGUUCAAUGA